AUGUCUAAAAACAUUUCAGGAAAUGCUGGUGCAGUCCUACCCCCUGCUUCAACCCGGGCAAAACUUGUAGGGAUCGCCAUGGCGCUUUUUGCUGCAUUCGGAGGUUAUCUGUACGGGUAUGACACGGGAUAUAUCUCGGGGACUAAGGAAAUGCCCUACUGGCUCCAAAAGUUUGGAGAGCCAGACGGUUCCGGGAAAUAUAUUCUGUCAACCGUUAACAACUCAUUGGUCACUUCGAUUUUGUCUGUCGGAACAUUCUUUGGAGCCUUGUUGGCUUCCCCGGUCGGCGACUUACUUGGCCGAAGAUGGGGUGUGAUCGUAUCAUGCGGUGUGUUUUCGAUUGGGGUGGCACUUCAAGCAGCUUCGUCAAGCAUUCCCAUGUUCGCUGUCGGUAGAGUCUUUGCCGGGUUGGGAGUCGGAUCGACUUCCUGCCUAGUUCCAAUGUAUCAAUCGGAAUGUGCACCAAAAUGGAUCAGGGGUGCCGUUGUGGCAUGUUAUCAAUGGGCAAUUACCAUUGGAUUGCUUAUUGCAGCUGUGGUAGUCAAUGUGACCAAGCUUCGCCCUGAUGCUAGCUGUUAUCGAAUUCCGAUUGGCUUGGAGUUCAUCUGGGCCACCAUACUCUCACUUGGAAUGUUCAUUCUUCCAGAAUCCCCCAAGUAUCUUAUCCUCAAAGGUCGGGAGUCCGAGGCGCGGCUGGCUCUUGGACGUUUGUUAUCACUGCCAGCUGAUUCGGAGCAAGUGGCGAGAGAAUACGACGAGGUAAACGAUUCGCUCGUGCUUGAACGCACGAUCGGGGCUGGCUCCUAUGCAGAUUGCUUCAAGUCAGGAAAAGGCAGGUACCGCCUCCGAACCCUCACCGGAAUGGGUGUUCAGGCUCUUCAACAGCUAUCUGGUGUCAACUUCAUUUUCUAUUAUGGUACUUCCUUUUUCAAGAAAAGUGGGGUCAAUGAUCCGUUCACUAUAAAUGUCAUCACUAAUGUGGUCAAUGUGGUGAUGACUAUUCCGGGAAUCUGGGCUGUCGACAAGUCUGGGCGGAGAAUGUCACUUUUGAUGGGAGGAGCGCUGAUGGCUUCUUGCGAGUUUGUGGUUGCAAUUCUCGGAAUAGUAGUCUCUGGUGACAACCCUGCUGGUCAACAUUCCUUGAUUGCAUUCGUUUGUAUUUACCUUGGGGCAUUUGCUGCCAGUUGGGGACCGAUCCCCUGGGUAGUGACAAGUGAAAUUUAUCCAUUGGCUAUCAGGGCGAAAGCCAUGUCGCUUUCAACAGCUUCGAAUUGGGCUUUAAAUUUUGCCAUCGGAUUCUCAACCCCGUAUCUUGUUGACUCUGGACCCGGUAAAGCAGGGCUAGGCUCUAAUGUAUUUUUCAUAUGGGGUGGUCUUUGCUCACUGUGCUUCGUGUUCACCUUUUUCUGUAUUCCUGAGACGAAGGGAUUAUCACUCGAGCAGGUCGACGACUUAUACCAAAACAGUUCCAUCCUUGGGUCAGACUCAUACCGCCGAAAACUUUUAACAGCAGAAGCAACCAAUGUAGCUUUUGGGAAUGGCGAAGCUGGAAACAGCCAAGAAUUGAUGACUGUAGAUGGGAAAAGCGAGGAGAAGAUUGAGCAAUUAUGAUUUCUUGUCUAACAGUUUCUCUGGUUUUUCUUUCUUGGCAUAUUUCUCUUCUCACCUUUUAUUUCGUUGGCUUUGUGCGUUGUACAUAUCUUGAUGGUAUGAAAUGCGCGUUUCAACUAUUUCACUCCUGGUCAGAUCAACACUCAUGUAGAACCACUUUAUCUUAUUUGAUGUUUCGCUUGGGUAUUGGGUCAUUUGGGAAUUUGUUUUUAUAUAGUCACUCUACUUAUCCUUUCAAGAUACACAAGUAAUUCUUUCAUUCACCAC